AUGAAAUUGAUUGCUAUUUUACCUUUAUUUUUAUUUUCCUUUGCUCAGGCUGCCGUAACUACAAUUACACAAUGCGAUCCUGUUCCAACCAAUAUUGCAGAGCAAAUACCUUACACAACAAUAACUCAAACUAUUUGGGCAAAUGGGAAAGAAGUUGUUGCUGUUAUUGAACGCUACCAUGCUACUGAAUAUUCUGAAAAUUGUCAAAAUGGUAAGACUUCUUCAAAAAUAAUAUCACACCAUACAGUUACCAUUUUUUGA